CUCAUCAGACUUGCAGCUCAGCGCUUGCUGCAUACACUUGCUGGGUUGCAACUUUUUCUUCCUCUCUCCCCUCCCUCACUUCGACGAGGCAGCAAUGAAGUCAGAGUGAUGUCAUAUAAGGAUGCGAGUGCCUGGCAAGGUGACAUAGGUUUUUGGUGAGUGGUAUUCUCCACAGCCAGCGUUGCCUAUCGAGAGAGGCGCGGAGCUGCAAAAGAUGAUCAUCACCACCACCUCAAGCUCUGUCACACUCUCUCCUUUCUCUACUCCUCUUUCGGGCUGUCAUUUCAUGCCAGAAGACCUGACCUGCCUUCCAAAAAUAAGCCUUUACCGCCAUGCCGAAGGAAGAAAAACAAGAAGAGAGGUAUUUUUAGGGCCAUUAACUUUGACCACGUGCCCCGAAGGUAAACUGGAUGGCCAUUGCGCAAAGGUUCUUCAUCGGUAUGUGCAACGAGGCCAGCACGCACUGGACGUUGGCUGCAAUUGUUCUCUUGGGGUCUCUAUUGGGGAUUGUGUCAUCAUAUCCGAUUCCAAGCAGGACUAAUGCAACUUUAUUGGAGCAAAGGUGGGAGACCCUCUUUUCCCGCUCUGUUCUGGGAAUCUCUGGGUCGAAAUCGGACAUGAACUGGGAGAGUGACUAUUUGCUGGGCAUCAAGAGAGUGCGGCGACUUUACUGCAAUGUGGGCAUUGGAUUUCACCUGCAGAUCCUCCCUGACGGCAGGAUAAACGGUGUACAUAAUGAGAACCAGUACAGUCUAAUAGAGAUCUCUACGGUGGAGAUAGGAGUGCUAAGUAUGUAUGGGGUGAGAAGUGAGCUGUUUGUCGCAAUGAACAGCAGAGGAAGGUUGUAUGGAACGAAAUUCUUCCGGGACGAGUGCAAGUUCAAGGAGACCUUGCUGCCAAACAACUAUAAUGCCUAUGAGUCUUCGGUUUACAAGGGCUCCUACAUCGCCCUCAGCAAACAUGGCCGCGCAAAGAGAGGCAACAAGGCAACCACCGCCAUGACUGUCACACACUUCCUCCCACGAUUAUUAUGAUCAAAGUUGGCAAUAACUCACUAAUUUGCACAUGUGGAUGUUCUCCCAGGUAAUAUAGAAUUACACAGUAUACAUAUACACCAUUACAAAAGGACUGCAAAAACUACACAAGUAUUUAUUAUCUUUAUAUAUGUAUAUUUGGAUAGCUACCUUUGUAUUAGAACUUAUGUAUGUGUCAUUAUUUGCUGCUUAUCACAUAUCAUUAUCGAUUGAGGAGUGUAAAGCCUUUGCCAGUCUUGGCUUUACUUUGAUGCGUGCCAUAAUGGAAGUACGCUUCACCCUGCCCCAGUAUCUGUGCGUUAGAGAUGUCGAUGAUGAGUAUGACAUGUCUUCUUUCUAACUCCCAGGAAGCUCCAAAUCCAACUCCCAUUAGACAGACCUGCAAGUGUUAUAAUGUCAAAAUACUUUCAGCUGAGAAACUAUCGUCAUUUAAUCCCGUUACAGCCGGUAUGGACCUCCAAAAAAGGACAAACAAAACAUUUACAAGCAACUAACAUUUUUUUCCUCCAAUGUAUUGAGAUGUUGUAAACUUCGGACCUGUGCGUGGCAUUAAUGAGGGAUUGGAUGUGCUGAAUAGGCAUUUUUUCUGUUGCUUCUCAAUUUUUAUUGACACCUUUUCUGGAAAUACAUACUGGUCGUAACUUGAGUAAAUUAAGAUAGUUGCUCAGCCAAACUACAUAUUUGCUCAGUCAAACUCCAUAACAAACAUAUUCUGACAUUAUAACGCUUGCAUAGCUGUCUAAUGGAAGUUUGAAUCGGAGCUUCCUGGGCGUUAAAGACAUCUCUAACUCACAGAUACUGGGGCUGCUUCACCCCGUCUUCGGGGUGGAUGACUAAUAUCCUUAGCUUUUAGGAGUGAAAUGGAUACUUUUUAUUACCUCAAAGAACCACUUGUGACUGGAUAAAGAGAUGCAUGGAGUUACUGUAUGCUCAAGGAAAUACCUGUUUAGUUUAUCCUUUUUCUGAGACCUUUGAGCACUUGCUGGUUUGCUAUUUUCAAGCAAAAAGCGGGAUUGAGAACAAGACUUCUUAAAUGCACUUCCCUUGCUGCACGAUGUGAAGGUGCCUUGGUGUUCCCACUUGUGGCCCCCUUAAACUUGCAUGUAAGAGACACCCACUGUAGUCAGAAAUAGGGCUGACACUCCAAGGAGGGCGUGGGGGAGGGGGGGCAGGUCUAUCUCUGGUUUAUUUUCUUUUUCUGUUAUUAGAUCGAUUAGGUAAUAUACACUCUGGUACACAGAGAGAAGACUAGAGGAGAACUCAGCCAUGAGUGUGGGGAGGUAUUGAAACUCAGUUGCCCACCCACAGUAGAAGUUUAACCGCCAUGUGAGACUCUAGUCUCUCCACAAGGUUAUUUAAACAUGGUGGGGCAGUUAUGUGUUAGACUGGAUUUAAACCUCCUUUGUCUCAGAGCUCCUUUGCGUCAUGGCUUGAAAUGAACUGAAAAGGGGACUGGCAUAAGAACGCACAAUAGAACAUGUAUCUGCUCACAAACUAGUACACUGCUGACAUACCCAAAAGCUUUAGCGUUUGGCUUUGGGUGAGUGUGUGAAAUGUAAAAUUGCAGGCUUUUGUGCAUCGCCAUACAUAAACACGUCUAUUAAGCCAAUGAAAAAUGAUGUAAAUAUUGACAAAUGUGAAACAGAAAAAAAGAACCAGGAACAAGUUGCGUAGUUCAGGUUGCACAGUGACCAUCCAUGAUGGUGCCUGAUGUCUUUUAUGUUGGUGAGAAUCGUUCCCAUACGUGAUUAUUUAUUUAGUUGUUUGUUAAUGUGUUUGGUGAAAUCCCAGAUCAGUGUGCUCUGCAACACCAUUGCAGUGGCAGAAAGUUGUUGGAAGCUGUAGUUGGAUGGUUUUAAAUGUAAUUACGGGAGGCUCAGUUCCUGGAGUCAAUGUGCAGCACUGGACUGAAGGACAGUGCAGUGCCUCAUAGUUGAUAGUGUUCUUUCCUCUGCUGCUGGUUACUUGAAAAAUGAGGCUUCUCAUUCUACCCGACCCCGUGUCACCCUCUGGGAAUGUUCUCUUUGGUGGAGCUGAGGAGGAGCAGGACUAUUUUAACCUAGGAAAGACUUAUGGGAUGCGGCCUGCUGUCUCUGUUUGUUGAAUCCCUGCAAGAAUGUGUCUCAUCCAGGAUGACUGGCUGCUCCCCACAUACUCCACUUUAACCAGUACCACCCCGGUCUUCAGAUACCCCUGUGAAACCCCAUGGGGCUGGAGGGACCUUGGGAUUCCAGCAGUAACCCAGGAGAUUCCUCUUCUGCUUUAGUCCUUUUUAAGUUCACGGUCAGAGUCAUGGACCAGUGUUGACCCUGACUCUGUGUCCAGGGUGGUCUGCUAUUUGGGUCACCUCCCAUCAAAUCAAUGUUUGUCUCUAUUUGAUAGUGUUAUCUCUCUAUUUGAUUCAUUUGCAAUGAAUUUGAUGUAAAGCUAGUUGAUUGGUUUUAAAGGGACAUACAGGGCUGUGCUGGGUUGAUUAUUUAUUUAUGGAAUUCUUUAUGCACUGUUUGAAUGGUCUCCACAGAAAGACCAUCAGUGGUCUCCAAUAUUCCAUCUUGUCCUUAAUUGCCCUUAUAAACGUGGCUUUAAAGCUACAGUCUGUGAUUGGUGCAUCCAUUUUUGGACUUUAAAUGUAAUGUAAUGAGCCUUUAUAGCCAUUUAUUCUUAAAGAAUAUAACAUAGAAAUGCCUCAUGACCUCAGUUAAACAGUCUUACCCCACCCAUCAGAACCCAAAAUAUAAGCUUGGUCUAUUCCACUGUUUGUGAGCAAUGUAAUUGUAAAAAUAGGUUAAAACUGUAAAAACUAGUGGCUAGGCAGUGUUUUGUUUUUCGAAUCAUAGACUGUAGCUUUAAAAAAAUAUAUAUACAACUGUCAUUGUCACUUUUCAUAUCUGAUUGCCUGGCUGAGAAUACAUGUGUCUGAGUUCUACAGUUGUUUGAGUUAUGUCUUUAAUUUCUCUUGCCGAAGUGCAAAAACUUGGUUUGAUGCGUCUACCCUGCAUUAAUGUGAAUGCAGAUUUCAUUUUUGCUCCUCUCACACCCCUUCCCUCACACACUUGUGCGUAGCCUACAUCCAAAUACUUCCAGGGAGGGGACCUCUGCAGACUUGAUACAGUACUUGAGACAAAGAGCAAAGUCACUGCAAGUCUCUAUCCUCCCAGUUCUCUGUCUCUACAGCAGGCCUUGUGGGCCACUGUGACGUCAACCAACCAACUGCUCUUCAGGAAUCACCUGGCUCUGCCUGAGAACCAAGGCUCUGAUAUCAAAAGACUGUGGACAAGAGCUUCCAAUCCUAUCUAAAACAACCCUUCCCUUACACUUUCACAGUCUUUACAGAGAGGUCUUGGAGCGGUUAUUUAAAGAUUUUAGUGGCACAUUGGAGUAUUGCAAGGGAGUUUCAUAUUGCAGAGUAAUAACUGUUAAACAAUUUCCACAGUUUACAAGAGUCCGUUGAGGUUAUUUUCAGGGUUGAUGGAAGCUUUCUCUAAAGGGCAGCACCUACCUACCUGUACACUUACUAGUGGUGUGCAACAGGAACUUACUUUUUUAGGAUGGAUUAUUAUGGACAUGCAAUGAAUCUGUCACACGGUAUUGUGGCCUGGAUCAAAUCUCCUUUUCCUAACAUGUUGUAAUGAGAAUCUAUGUACUGGAAGUAAAUCCUGUUGUUUGUCUAUUGGUUAAAGAGUGUUCUCAGAGAUCAGACUAAAGACUUAUUGCCGCUUUGACUGCAUGUGGUAUUACAUGAAAACAUUCUGGGAUAGUUUUGGACAUGGGUAAAAGUUUAAAAAAAUAAUCAGCUGCAUUGUUCUGAUAAAAGUGAGGCAAAUAUGUAUUUAAUAAGUUCAAUGUGAGUUCAUUUAACAGCUAAAUCCUCAUGUCAACAUACCAGGGUGUGAAAAGUGUGUGUGUGUGUGUGUGUGUGUGUGUGUGUGUGUGUGUGUGUGUGUGUGUGUGUGUGUGUGUGUGUGUGUGUGUGUGUGUGUGUGUGUGUGUGUGUGUGUGUGUGUGUGUGUGUGUGUGUGUGUGUGUGUGAGUCUUGCACACCCUCCCUCAAAGUCAACAAGAUGUCAAAGGUGCACCUUAUCAGAGAUCUUGAAAAUAUUGAAAGUAGUGCUGCUUGUGAAAAGUGAAAGUUUGCUAUCUUAAAGUAGCUUAUAAAAUGCUGUCUUUCCUAUGUCUGAGCAUGGUAACGGGAUAGUGAGGCAACUAAAAGUUGGAAGCCUAAAGAUUACCGGUUGAUAUUCUGUUCCCUAUCAGACUUGACCAAAACAUACGACCGGAAUAAAUUCUAGUUCUUUUUGAAAAUGAUUUGUGAAAUGCGUCAAUGAAGUUCAGCAGAGAAGACAUCCUGUUAUCAUGCUCCGCUGACUCUUAAAGCUGUCUGAAGCCCACCAAGCUUGAUUGGGAGUGUGUCUGCAUGUGUUUCGGCAAAACUUUCGUUCUCUUGGUUUUGUACCCCUGCACUAAGGGGAGUGAGCUUCCACCUAUGCCCCUUCUCUCUGUUAACAUAUACCUCACCUUCUGCCUUAGUUUUAAUUUGUUAUGACGAUUGUAAAAUAGUAGACUUCUGCAAUCAUUUAUUUCUGAAAAACUGAUGAGGCUACGUAAGAAUACUAAUAUAUUGAAAAUGUUUUUCCUUUUAUUUUUGUACGUAUGUGCUGUGCACAGCAUUCUACUGUAUUCCUGAGAUA